AUAGCUUGGAUGUUCUAAAUCGAGAAGAUGUUUAUCUCUUCAUGUUAUUUAAUCCCUAACGCUGCAUGAAAUGCAUUGUCGCGAGAAACUGUAGAUUCUGCCGUCAUUCAUAUUGAGAUGGUUGCGUUUUGCAUUUGUGCAUAUGAAUAAUCUCAAUUUUCAUACAUAACAAGAUGAAGACUUGCUUGAGAUAUGUUUCAUGAUGGAUGAGGGUCACAUGAUAGGAGCAAGGCUGGACAGUUGCUGUGGUUACAAUGAGGUGCCGAGUUCCUAGAAAAUGGCGAUGGAUUUUCACAGCAUUGCUGAUUCUUGUGUUGCUGUAUGUUGUUAACCAUGGUCAACAAGGUGAGAAAAUUGUGUACAAAGAAUAUGUGGAAAACCUCCAUCCUGCAUCUGUUCUGUCCUUGAGAUACCCGGCAGUAGACAAAUGGGACCUAGAACAUAUACUAGGCACAUACUCAGAACAUCGAAGCAUCAAGGGCAAAUUUUCCUUCCCUUCCUUCAACCCACAAGUGUGUCACAGAUACACGACCCGAGGACAGGAGCCAUGUGUGGACAAUCUGUGUCACCACACCUUCUCCAGCCUCCCUGAUGCCAACCUACAGAAGGCAGAGUCCUACCCCACAGAGGGUGUGCAGAAGCUAAAGCAGGACAUGGUCAAGUAUAUUCAAGCCACACCCUUACAGAAGGUCAGCCUGGAAACUGUUGUUAUAGUAACAGGAUCAUCGUCAGAGUUUUUCCAUGCAUCACAGGGUCUCUUCCACAUGCUGCACACCACACUGCUGGGGAAAUUCUCCAACAUUCAUUUGGUCUUCUAUGACCUUGGUCUUCAGCCGUGUCAGAGAAAACUGGUUGAAAAGUACUGUCGGUGUGAAGUGAAGGAUUUCCCAUUCCAGUUGUUCCCAGCACACAUUGGGGCAAACAUGAAAUCCUAUGCAUGGAAACCUCUUCUCAUACAGCUUGAGCUUCUGCAGCAUCGCUAUGUGACAUGGAUGGACUCGUCAAUACGCUUGCUGCAGCAGGACUUUCACCGCACCUUCCAGCUCGGCAUUAACAACGGCAUCAUGGUGGCGUAUGGUGAAUACUCCAUGGCCCAGCAGACUGAUGGAAGCAUGUUCCGCUGGUUCAAGGAGGAGCCCUGCCUGUUCUCCAGCUACUACGAGGUGCAGCCAGGCUACAUCAUCGCCUACAGGAACAGCUUUACCAUGGACAAGGUGAUCCAGCCGUGGGUGGCCUGUGCUCUAAACAAAACCUGUAUCCUUCCUGACUCAGCAGUGUAUGACUGUGACAACUCAGUGUGGAAAUACGGGAAAUGUCAUCGCCAUGAUCAGUCAGCCAUCAGCAUCAUUCUCACACGGCUAUUCCAGAAGUCAAGGGAGUUGCUUCAUCUCACCAGGUUCACCUUGAAGAAGAGGGAGAACGUCCACUAUUUCCCAGAAGAACCGUCAUGGUUCUGCUGGUUGUGGUAGCUGGGGAUGUCUAUGUUCAUGCACAACAUACCAUUUUACUCAGUAUGUUGUUUGACAUUUCUAGAUACAUGGUCAGAGUAUUAUGCAGAUAGAAAAAUACAACAAUAUUUUGGGAGGUUUUUGUUAAUAUGCUCAAGAGGUUGUUUCAAAGGAUUGUCUCAGUGAGUUAUAGUGUGGAAUAUUUUUAUCAUAAUAAGGGUACAACAUCAUAUUUUGGGGUUGGUAAAGCGGCACUAUUACCCCCUAUUUGUUUGGUGUUGGUGUUGGCCUAGCUGUAGAAUUAUGCAGAGAUUUCUUUUAUUGCCUUUUUCUUCAUUGUUCUUCUCUGCAUUUCAAGCUCACUAUCCCUAUAUACAAGGAGAAAAAAGAAGAUAUUAGUCAACAAACAGACAUAGUAUAUGUAUGCUUCAACAACAUCGAUAUUUUAUCAAUUGACAUAUCACUCUUUAUUGCCAUAUAUUACCAGAACAUUCAUAUAUCAUUUUCAAGUGAAUAUUUUGUUUUGUGAUCCAUGUUGAUGUGAAUACCUGACCCGUCAGAACCUCCCUGGCCUAAUCUGUGUGUAAGUAUGCCUAGCAGUGUUGUUCUAAGUCUGAAUGCUGAGUAUUUGAGAAUUGUUCUGAGAAAGUGAUAUAUUAGGGAAGUUACGAUGAUUGUAAUGUUUCAAAUAUUGAAUUAUGAAUACCAUGAAUACCUGUGCACAUAUUCCAUUCCUUGAACUUAUUAUAUAUGUUGUACCAUGAAUAUAUGCUCAAGAAUGUCACUUCAGGGUAGUCUGUACAGAGCAGUCUUAAGACAUGACAAUCAUAUAUUUGUGUUAAAAUAUGGGAGUAAAGUUACAAUGACAGUAGGAACGUGAUGGAAUUGUUAUUCCAAAGUAAUUCAAAAUAUUAUGUAGUCCAGCACUUCUUAAAGCCAGAAAAAUAAAUUACAACUUAAUCACUAAAGUUCUGUGAUAAAAGAUACAAGAUAAGAGCUUUUAGAAAUUCAUGUAUCUCUGAAACAAGUGCUGAUCUGAAACAUACUCAAGCAUAGUUUACAAAGAUCUCUGAAACAAGUGAUGAUCUGAUACAUACUCAAGCAUUGUGUACAAAUAUAUCUGAAACAAGUGCUGAUCUAAAACAUACUCGUGCAAAGUGUACAAAUAUAUCUGUAAGUGAUGAUCUGAAACAUACUCGUGCAAAGUGUACAAAUAUAUCUGUAAGUGAUGAUCUGAAACAUACUCGUGCAAAGUGUACAAAUAUAUCUGAAACAAAUGCUGA